CCACGCGCGCGACGCAGCGGAAAGCGAGUGUGAGUGAGGGAGAGAGCGAGAAAGUUGAGAGUGCAUGAAUGGCGCAUGGGCCGCGAUUUCAUUCCCCGAGCAAUGCCCGAUGGGAGACACUUCGCGGCGAGACUUGGCCCUCGUGAGCGAAGGGACGUCCGUCGCGAAGGGAGGGACGGAAGGACGAUUCGGAAGAUGCUUCCCUCAUCCAAGUGUCGCCUCUUGACUCCAACCAUCAGCACAGCGUCAUCCCGCCCGCUCCGAAGCCUCAUUCAUACCUAGUGCGCGCUUCUCGCGCUGCCCCGUCCCUUUGCUCCUCCUCUUCUCUUCAUUCUCUUCAUUCUCUCCUCCUGCCUCGACCCCUGCGCUGCCGUCGCAGUGGUGUUGUUUCACAUUGCUGGAGGUAGUUGCGCAUCGUGCAGGGUUGAGGUACCUGUCAACCAUGGUGGGAGCUCUCGGGAAGAAUUUCGCGACUUUCGCCUCUCGUUUGAGAGGAGGCCAUGGCUGUGACACAGCUGCUGCGGCAGCGGUUUGGGCGGUGUCUAAGAGGUUCAUGUCGUCUUCGGGCGAAUCGAUUACUGUCCGAGAGGCUCUAAACAGUGCCAUCGACGAGGAGAUGUCAGCUGAUUCCAAAGUCUUUGUCAUGGGCGAAGAGGUUGGUGAGUACCAAGGUGCCUACAAGGUCACGAAGGGUCUCUUGCAGAAAUUUGGACCAGAUCGUGUUUUAGAUACCCCUAUUACAGAGGCUGGAUUCGCAGGUCUUGGUGUUGGAGCAGCAAUGUAUGGCCUGAAGCCUAUUGUUGAGUUUAUGACCUUUAACUUCGCCAUGCAGGCCAUUGAUCAUCUCAUCAAUUCGGCUGCUAAGACAAACUACAUGUCUGGCGGGACAAUUAAUGUUCCUAUAGUAUUCAGGGGUCCUAAUGGUGCAGCUGCAGGUGUUGCUGCUCAACAUUCUCAGUGCUUUGCUGCAUGGUACGGUCAAGUUCCUGGCCUGAAGGUCUUGGUUCCUUAUGAUGCCGAGGACGCUCGCGGACUCAUGAAAGCCGCUAUCCGGGAUCCCGAUCCAGUUGUUUUUCUGGAAAACGAGUUGUUGUAUGGAGAAUCUUUCCCGGUGUCGAAGGGCGUGCUUGACCCCAGCUUCACUCUCCCAAUUGGCAAAGCUAAGAUUAUGAGGGAGGGAAACGAUCUUACACUUGUUGCGUUCUCGAAGAUGGUCGGCUAUGCUUUGAAGGCAGCCGAUGAACUUGCGAAAGAAGGCAUAAGCGUAGAGGUAAUUAACCUUAGGUCAAUCCGACCACUUGAUAGAGAAACAAUCAACGCAUCAGUGCGCAAGACCUCGAGAUUGUUGACACUUGAGGAAGGCUGGCCCCAGCAUGGAGUCGGUGCUGAGAUCUGUGCAAGCGUCGUUGAGGAGAGCUUUUAUUAUUUGGAUGCUCCAGUAGAGCGAAUUUGUGGUGCUGAUGUGCCCAUGCCCUAUGCCGCUAACUUAGAGCGUCUUGCAGUGCCUCAGAUUGAUGACAUCAUUCGGGCUGCUAGGCGAGCAUGUUUCCGGAAGGAGGAUAUGAGACAAGCAACAGCGUAGAGUAUUUGCACAUCCUUCCAGUUAAUUUUGCAAAUCCCUAUAUUGGCCUUUUAGAAUCCAUUUGCUAUACAUGUGUAAUAAUGUGCUUUCAGAUAAAUGCCAGUAUUAUUUACAAGUGAAUCCUAA